AGUGAUAGAAGUCAAAAUUCAAACAGACAUGACAUCAACAAGUUUCCGGCUAAUGGCGAUGCUGAUGCUGACGCUAAGCCCGAACUGCCGCGGAAUAUCAGUAACACCAGAGCCGUCAGCUGAACCGUUGCCUGUGGCAUUGGCUUUGUCCAGCAUGAGGUCGCAGCAGCAGCAACUGCAGCAGGAUCAGACGCAACUGCCGCAGUUUAUAACUCCCAGCCAAGUGUAUCGCGUUGUAUCAGGUGACACGCUGAGAUUGCCGUGCGAAGUUACGAAUCCAGGUUCUUAUGUCUUGGCGUGGAAGCGAGGUAUCGCCGUGCUGACCGCGGGAACCGUAAAAGUGAGCCCUGACCCUCGCCUUCGGCUUGUCGAAGGUUACAGUUUAGAAAUCCGCGAUGCUGGACCUCAAGAUGCUGGAGACUAUGUGUGCCAAAUUGGAACAUUUGAGCCGAGGGAGAUCACACAUACUGUCGAAAUUAUGGUUCCGCCUCGAAUACAUCACGUUACAUCUAACGGACGUCUUCAAGUGAAAAUGGGUUCACCAGUCAGGUUAGAAUGCGCAGCUUCGGGUAAUCCACCGCCUGUCAUCACUUGGAGCAGGAAAAAUAAUCUACUUCCAUCAGGUGAAGAAACUCAGCAAUCUCCUACCUUGAAUUUCGAUAAAAUGGACCGACAUCAGGGCGGAGUUUAUUUAUGCACAGCGAGCAACGGCGUCGGCCAACCUGUCACACAGCAAAUUGUUCUUCAUGUUUUAUAUCCUCCAGAGAUCGUUGUCGAACGACAAAUAGUUUAUUCAGGCGAGGGACAAGAAGCUCAAUUAGUUUGCAUCGUCUAUGGAGAAGCCCAACCUGAGGUUCUGUGGUAUCGCGAUACUCUUCUUUUGGAUACGACAGAAAGACGAAUCACGGAAACACGUGGUGCUAAACACACCUUAUUCAUCAGAAAAGUUCAGAGUUCAGAUUUCGGAAACUACACGUGUGUAGCCGAUAAUCAACUUGGAAAAAGUCGAAAAACAGUCACUUUAACAGGUCGACCAAAAGUAGCAGUAUUCCAAUCCGGGCCUACGAGUCAAUGGCGCGAUAGAUACAACAUAUCCUGGGCGGUAGAUUCUCAUGCCCCAGUUGAGGAAUUUAAAUUAUUUUUUCGACGUCUUCCUACUCAAGGAAUUUUAGGCGAUUCAGGCGUUUUACCAGGAGAUCUUGCAGGAGAGCAAUUACAGCCUUUGCAACACCAAAGUCAACAACAUGGGCGGAGGCCUAUGCGAAGGGAGAACGACACUCAUCUCUUGCACGGCUACAACGGCUACAUGAUCGGUUCGCAUUCGUCCGGCUGGGGCCGGAACGAGUGGCGCGACGUCGUCCUGCCGGCGAUGCCGCUGAGCCAGGCUUACACGCAGUCCAUGAGCUACGUCAUCCGCGGCCUGCAGCCUGAUGCCCAGUACGAGGCGCAGGUCCAGAGCCGAAACCGAUACGGAUGGAGUCUCGCCUCGAAGAAGUUCACAUUCACCACGAGUAGCAACGAUUCGGAGAUGCGCGGCUUAGGAGUGACCCAAUAUAACGAAGCGACCAUUUCCCGAUCUUCUUCUCGAAUAUGUUUUAUUUUCAUCUUUAUUCUGUUGACUUUAUUUUGAAGAAUCAUUGGUGAUUAUAUUGUAUUUAAUUAUUAACUUAACAGAU